CCCUAAAUCUAGAGAAAGAAAAGGCUUUGAGAGAGAAUCAAAGGGUGAAGAGAGUUGUCUUGUUGGAAAGGAUAAUAAAAUAAGAGAGAGACAGGUAAGAUCCGACACUGAAAACAAAAAAAUCUCUACUUUUCAUCACUCACCGCCAUCUCCAUCUGAUCCAUCUCCCAGCUGCCAGUUUGCAAAUAUACUUUUUAAUCCUCCAUUGAUUCUCUCUCUCUCUCUCUCUCUCUCUGCUCUGCUCUGCUCUCAUGUUUUUAUACAGAGAUCAUCAGCCCAAUUCAAUCAUAGUCUUCAUCUGAGGCCGAGUUUCGCAGAGAAUGCAGGACCCAAGAGGAGUUCCAGCUUGCUUCUCCUCCGCGGAGAAGAUCGCCGGCGAUCCGGCGGCGGUCACCAGGCCCGGCCAGAGCGUGUUCAUCUCCACUUACCGGACUAAAAUGGCGGAUCAGUGCCGCUUCAUCACCAUCACUUGGUUCAAGAACUUGCUCCUCCACGGCCUCUCCGUCGCCGUCGACGGCCCUCCCGGCCUCCCCGAAAGCCAUUGCACCUGCAAGGUCGAGCUCAAGCCAUGGUACUUCUGGCGGAAGCACGGCUGCAAGAGCUUCACCGUCGACGAGAAAGCAGUCGACGUUUUCUGGGAUCUCAGGGCGGCGAAAUUCAACGGCGAAACGGAGCCGAGCUCCGACUACUACGUCGCUGUCGUCUGCGAUGAGGAAGUGGCGCUUCUUCUCGGCGAUUUGAAGAAAGACGCUUACAGAAAAACCAAAUGCCGGCCGGCUCUCAUAGACCCCUGUUUGGUUUCUCGGAAAGAGCACAUAUUCGGGAAAAAGAAAUUUUGCACGAAAGUGAAGUUCCACGAGAAGGGCGGGCUCCAUGAGAUCUCGAUCGAGUGCAAGAGCAAGACGGAUCCGGAGAUGGAGAUAAGAAUUGACGGGCAUCUGGUGAUCUUUGUGAAGCAUUUGCAGUGGAAAUUCAGAGGCAAUGAAUCGAUUCAUGUGAACAAAGGGAGAUUGGAAGUUUACUGGGAUGUUCAUGAUUGGCUGUUCAGCACUGGUUUGAGGCAUGCUUUGUUCAUCUUCAAGCCAAAUCUGCCAUUGACGUCUUCUUCUCGUUCGAUGUCGUCACCUUCACUGUCGUUGGAUUCGACGCCAUUGUCGUCUCAGACCGGGAGCUCGGGGUCGGCGGAAGGGCUGAAUAAUGGCGGUGGGCCGUCGAAGUUUUGCCUGUUUCUUUAUGCUUGGAAGGUUGAAUGAGCCGGCCGGCCGGCCAUGGCGGCGCCGUGAGCCCAUUCCGAUCGUCACCGCCAAUCCAAUCGAAUUGAUUCGAAUCAAACAUCUGUACAGAAAUUUUAUAUAGAAUGACCAAAGUUUCCAUUUACCCAUUUGUUCUAAAAAUAAUUAGGAUUAUUGUAAAAUUUGUAGGGUCGACAAAUUUUAACAAUCAAACUUUUAUACCGGAGACUUAAUCCAAGGCUAUCAAAGCAAGAAAUACAAAAGAGGAUUCGACCCAAGUCGA